AUGUGUGAAGCUAUAUCUUCAAGUCUCACAAUUCUAGAUUACAAACCUCAAAUGGGUUUGGAAUUUGAUUCACUAGAUGCUGCAAAAGAUUUCUACAAUGAGUUUGGGCAGAUUACUGGUUUUAGUCUUCGAAUGGAAUAUACUAACGCAUGUAAGAAAACAGGAAGGAUCACUUCUAGGAGGUUUGUAUGUUCGAAAGAAAGGUUUCGACGUGAAGACAAGAGAGAUGAUAAAACUAAAAAUUCACACCAAGAAACAAGAACUGGUUGCAAGGAGCGUAUGAGUGUUUCAUUCAACAAAAAUAGACAAAACUAUGUGGUUAUUGAUUUUGUUGAGGACCACAAUCACCCACUUCAUAUUCCAGGAUGUGUCCAUUUAAUGCCUUCACAAAGAAAAAUUGCAAAAGCUCAAGCAAUUGCAGCUGAUUUGGCAGAGGCAUCUGGGAUUAGAUUGAGAUCGACAUUUAAGCUUGCAUCUCGAUAG